CGCUGCGGCUGCCACCACAGCUACCUCCUUCUGCUGCAAGAGACAAGUUCGGUGGGGCUUCUCCACUGAAAUACAAUGUUUGACGGCUCCCUCCUACCUCUUCUUUCAUUUCCUUUGCUGCUGCUGUUGUUUGGGGGAUUGGACACAAGCGCAGCAGUUGGAAGCGUCGCCACUGCUGAGUUGGAAGUGGUGCUCCCUCAGCGGGUGCGUCCGGAGGACAUCCACCUGCUGCCACUGCCAACCCGGGAGAUUGGAGCCGGUGGCCAAGGCUCACUGCGGCGGCGGCGGCGGCAGCAGCCCCACUCAGCCACCUCUGCAGAGCAGUCCUCCGGCUUGGGAAAGCGUGGCUUUCUCUUACACUUGCCGGCCUUCGGGCGGGACCUCUACUUGCAGCUGCGGCGGGACCUGCGCUUCCUUUCCCGGGGCUUCGUGGUGGAGGAGCACGGGGCAACCGGGAGUCGGAUCCCAGAGGCUGAGCUCUGCUUUUACACGGGUCACGUAUUGGGUUAUAAUGACUCCUUUGCUUCAGUCAGCACCUGCGGUGGAUUGAUUGGGUAUAUCCAGAUUGGAAGAGAACAGAUGCUAAUUCAACCAGUAAAUAAUUCCCAGGGCUCAUUCAGUGGAAGAGAACAUUUGGUCAGGCGGAAAAGAUCCUCAAACUCUGGUGAUUCUUCUAAAUCAUGGAUAACUGAGGAGCUCUGCAAAGUUAUAACAGAAAAGAAGAAAGCAAAAAAGAGCAAAACUACUAGUGAUUGGAGAGAGCGAAGGAAUGCCAUUAGACUCAACAAUGAGUAUACUGUGGAAACUUUGGUUGUGGCUGAUGCUGAUAUGGUUCGAUAUCAUGGUGCUGAAGCUGCACAGAGAUUCAUCCUCACUGUGAUGAACAUGGUGUACAACAUGUUUCAGCACCACAGCCUGGGAAUUAAAGUUAAUAUUCAAGUCACUAAGCUUGUACUUCUUCGAAACCGCCCUGCUAAGUUGUCCAUUGGACACCAUGGAGAAAGAUCCUUGGAGAGUUUCUGUCACUGGCAAAAUGAGGAAUAUGGAGGAGCAAAGUAUCUUGGUAAUAACCAAGUUCCUGGUGGAAAGGAUGACAUCCCCCCAGUGGAUGCUGCUGUUUUUGUAACUAGGACAGACUUCUGUGUACACAAAGAUGAACCAUGUGACACUGUGGGAAUUGCUUAUUUGGGAGGUGUAUGCAGUGCUAAGAGGAAAUGUGUGCUUGCAGAAGACAAUGGUCUCAAUCUGGCAUUUACAAUUGCUCACGAGCUGGGCCACAACCUGGGAAUGAGCCAUGAUGAUGAUCAUUUGUCCUGUGCAGGGAGAUCUCAUAUAAUGUCUGGAGAAUGGGUCAAAGGCAGGAACCCCAGUGACCUCUCAUGGUCUUCCUGCAGCCGAGACGAUCUUGAAAAUUUCCUAAAGUCAAAAGUCAGUAUGUGUUUGCUGGUAACAGAUCCCAGAAGUCAGUAUGCUGUUCGACUUCCUCACAAACUCCCUGGCAUGCACUACAGUGCUGAGGAACAGUGCCAGAUCCUCUUUGGAACCAAUGCAACUUUCUGUAAGAACAUGGAGCAUUUGAUGUGUGCGGGGCUAUGGUGUCUUGUGGAAGGGGAUACAUCUUGCAAAACUAAGCUGGAUCCUCCCCUGGAUGGCACUGAAUGUGGAGCAGAUAAGUGGUGUCGAGCUGGGGAGUGUGUCAGUAAAACUCCCAUCCCAGAGCAUGUGGAUGGGGACUGGAGUACAUGGAGUCCUUGGAGCAUGUGCAGUAGGACAUGUGGGACGGGAGCCCGAUUCAGACAAAGGAAAUGCGACAAUCCCCCCCCUGGGCCAGGAGGCACAAAUUGCUGGGGAGCAAGUGUGGAGCAUACUGUUUGUGAAAACUUACCCUGUCCUAAAGGAGUACCUAGCUUCAGGGAUCAACAGUGUCAGUCCCACGACCGAUACAGCUACAAGAAGAAAGGCCCUUUGACAUCUGUCAUUAUUGAUGAUAAACCUUGUGAGCUCUACUGCUCUCCUCUGGGAAAGGAGUCUCCUGUGCUCAUAGCAGACAGGGUCCUUGAUGGCACACCUUGUGGGCCCUAUGAGAAUGACCUCUGUGUACAUGGCAGAUGCCAGAAAAUUGGCUGUGAUGGGAUCAUUGGAUCAGCUGCCAAAGAAGAUCGCUGUGGAAUAUGUAAUGGAGAUGGAAAAACCUGCAAGGUUGUGAAGGGAGAUUUCAACCAUACCAAAGGAAUGGCUCUCAGAGACUCCAGUAAGAAAUCCAUAAACAGUGACUGGAAGAUUGAACUUCCUGGUGAAUUUCAGAUCGCAGGCACUACUGUCCGCUAUGUCAGAAGGGGUCUGUGGGAGAAAAUAUCUGCCAAGGGACCAACUAAAAUACCACUGCACCUGAUGGUUUUGCUAUUUCAUGAUCAAAAUUAUGGGAUUCAUUAUGAAUAUACCGUUCCUGUAAACUAUACUGCAGAAAUUCAGAAUGAACCUGAAAAGCUACAGGAUUCUUUAUACAUCUGGACUCAUAGCGGUUGGGAAGGAUGCAGUGUGCAGUGUGGCGGAGGAGAACGCAAAACCAUUGUGUCUUGCACUAAAAUUAUUAAUAAGACCAUGACUCUGGUGAAUGACAGUGACUGUCAGCAUGUGAGUCGCCCAGAACCCCAGGUCCGGAGAUGCAAUUUACAUCCAUGCCAGUCAAGGUGGAUGACAGGACACUGGAGUCCCUGCUCAGCAACCUGUGAGAAGGGUAUUCAGCACCGGGAGGUGACUUGUGUUUAUCAGUUGCAGAACGGUACCUAUGUUAACACCCGUGAUCUUUACUGCCUCAGCCACAAACCAACAACAGUUCAAAGUUGUGAGGGCCGUGACUGCCUUUCUAUCUGGGAGGCAUCAGAGUGGUCAAAGUGUUCUGCUGACUGCGGAAUAGGAACACAAAGGAGAACAGUGACGUGCACCAACUCUCAAGGGAAAUGCGAUCGAACCACAAGGCCAAAAGCAGAGGAAGAAUGUGAAGAUUACACAGGCUGCUAUGAAUGGAAAACAGGGGACUGGUCUAAGUGCUCCUCCACAUGCGGAAAAGGUCUACAGUCUCGGGUAGUGCAAUGUAUGCACAAAGUUACUGGACGCCAUGGCAACGAGUGUCCCAUCCUCUCUAAGCCAGCAGCCUACAGACAGUGUCACCAAGAAGUCUGUAAUGAGAAGAUCAAUGUCAACACCAUCACAUCCCCACGACUGGCUGCUCUGACAUACAAGUGCACCGGGGACCAAUGGACAGUGUACUGCAGGGUGAUCCGGGAGAAGAAUCUAUGCCAGGACAUGAGGUGGUAUCAGCGCUGCUGCCAAACGUGCAGGGACUUUUAUGCCAACAAGAUGCAGCAGAAGAGUUAAUGACACUGCUCUCCUGCCUAGACUGAACAUUGCCAGCCAGUUAUGGAAUUCACGGACUUGUAGGUCUGAGUACUGGAACUUAAUGACAGAGGGAGUGGUGGAUUCCAAAGCAUAUACAAUUAAGGUGAAAUUUCAUAGAUUGGAUGUACCAAAGCUAUCUAUCCAUCCCUCAUACACAUGACAUAGUCAUCUCAACAGUUAUCACACAAAAUUUAAUUGUGGAUUUGGCUUCAUAUUUGUCAUUAAUGAUUUUUACUUAAUAUAUUAUUAAUAGCCACUGGAUGGCUUUCUAUAGUAGGGGAAAAAAAGACAAAAAGUCACAAAGUAAUUAUAGUCUCUAAGGUUUUAUGUACCUCUAAGGGAAAAAAACCUCUGGCCAACAAUUUUAUAAAGGUAGAGACAUUAUUUAGCACUCGAGUCUUGGCUUCCUCUGGUAUUAUGAAUUCCCAGUGGUUAAUGUGCAGAGGAGAGGUGAAAGAAGAGGGAAUCAUGUAAAUGAAAAUGCUUAAUUUAAAAAGGAAUCUUGCUGUUUAAAAAAAAAAAAACCUGUGAAAAUCAAUGGCAGAGGAUAUGUGAGUGAAAAAGUAGUGCAACAGAAUCUUAGGCUUCCUUAUAAUUUAAAUUUUUAAAUACAGAAGAUUCAGGACUUUGCUGUACUGCCCACAUCUAAGAAUAUAAUCUCUUUAAAAAUUUUUUAUUUCAUUUUUGCUGUCUUGCCUCUGCAAGUGCUUAAGUUCCUAUAACCUGGUAAAUAAUAGCAGGAGGACAUUCAUUCAGUAAAAUCACUUUCUUUAGGGAAAAAUACCCUGAGAAGUGAUGAAUUCUGAGCAUUUUGAGUUGUUCUGAUCUCUACUUGCCACUUCUUAGGGGAAAAAAUACUGUAGUAAAAACAGAACGAUAUUUCUUCAGGGUACUGUGAAAUUAAUGUAAUUGGUACAUAUCAUGCAAGUGAGCUCAGAACAACUUUGGCAGAGGUGUAAAAAUGAAUUAUUGAUCCAUCAGUUUUUCUGUUCUCUGAUUUCUGCAAGCUUGUCCUUCAUAAAAAAUUUUUUCUAAUGCAUAUACAUCAUAUCACAUUUACACUAUAUUUGAAUAGUUCAUAUUACUCAGUAGUGACAGAAUACAUCUAUUUUCAGAGCCACCAAAAAGUGCUUUUUAAAUAAUAUUAUACCUUCGUAUGUCUAAAAAUAGAAACUGAAACUGAAUCUAUAGGACUUGCAACAUAAGCCCAGAUACAGAAUUCUGGCUGUUUUCACUAUGGAUUUUGCUAAUGGCCUUUGCAUAUGAUCUACUUGCACAAAGCAAUAAGCAGAAUUAAAUCAUUUAUGACACAUAGCAAAGCUAGUUUUUAGAGUGGUUUCAAACCUUCACUCUAGUCUGGGCCCUAUGUUAUUAUAUUAUUGUUAUUAUUAUUAUUAUCUGCUAUUUAUAUGUGACAUUGGUGAAAGGCUCUUAAUUGCAAAAAAAAAAAAAAAAAAUCAAGACUUUUAUCUUUUUCUGAGUGAGAGCCUACCAAUAUCCAGAAGCACAGGGAAAUGAUUAGUUAACACUUUAAGGGCAUCUGUGAAACCAGCUUGUACAUACAAACUGGAAACCAUUUUCCAACCCUGCCUCAGUAAGGCAAUGCUAGUUACAAGUUGCAAUGCAGGUGGUCCUUGGUAUCUGUAGCUAUCCCAGAAACAACGCAUAUUUUACUCACAGAUUCAUGAGCAUUUCAUUGGUGCUUAUAUUUGAAAAUGUUACCUUUUCCUACCUUAUAUAAGACAGAUGAUCUCACUUAGGUCUAAUUACUAAGUAGUCAUCACAGUGAUUUUGCCACAAGAAUUAUUACUGAUUUAAUGGUGCUCCAUUUGUUGUGUUUUUUUUUUCUUUCUGAUGUAACAACUUCAUUUUUUUUUAUAAAUGUGCUAUUGUACUUCAGAAGGGGGAAAACCUCUCUAUCUUCCCCCACCUCUUGUGGGAUAUUUUUGUUUUGUGUGUGAAUGAGUGUGUUGAGGGUGGGGGGUUUGUUUUGCAGGGGUUGGGGGAUUUUUUUUGUUUUGGUUUGGUUUGGUUUGUUUUUGAUACCAUAGAUAUGAAGAAGUACUAGGGAAGAGUCUGAGAAUGAAUUCAUUUCCACUUUUAUAAACAAGAAAAUAUUUUGCAUCCAUUAUAGUUGCUUUAUGGAAAAAAAAUAAAUUAGAAAAUAUGUCAAGACAUGAUAAUCAUUAGUAUAAAACACCAACAUUUGCCUUGACACCUCUUUGAAAAACAUUUUGUUCUUUCACUGUUCAAGGUAAAGCUAUAAUAUUUUUAUUGCCUUCUCCCUACCCCUACUUCCAGGUCCUUAUUUCCACAAAAUACCCAAUUAAAUUCUGGAAAAAGUCGGGUCUUGAUUUUUAUCCCUUGCUCUUCUCUGGUGUUCCAUUUGUUCACAUAAAAUAAAUAUAGAAACUUUGUUUUAUUUCACAACUAAGCAAUAAUACUAAAUUAACUACUUGAAGGUAAGGGGCAGAAAUCUUACUGUAUGAAGCCAAGUUUUCUAAGAGAGUUACUAAAAGCUAAACCCAGAAGCAUUUCUGGUUGGCCUACACAUUCAGCUUUGGCCAAUAAAAGCAAGGCAGUGCCACUGAUGUGCCCAUGUAGAAAAGCAGGAAAACCACUUAAGCAACACUCUGAAAAUUGGCUUCUAAUUUUUUUCAUAGCUGCCCUGCCAAAGCCAAUUUCAUGCCACUCUACAAAAUACCAACAAACGAUGAAUGCAAAUGUCUGAUUUUAUUAAAUUCUCCAUUAUUUUUGCCUUAUUGUUUCCUAGGAGUUUUAAUUAAACCGGAAAAUGCCACCAUGAACUUUCCUAAUUUGCCCUCUCUUCAUUUACUUCAUAGCAAUUCAGAAAAAAAUCAUUUCAUUGUAGCUAUUCUGAUACUUUGGGGGUUUGCUUUCUUCCUUAGAAACUGAUGUUCUGUGAUUACAACAGUGCUAUUUCCAUAUUGUAAACAAUACUCCAUACUGUUACUAAAGUACUGUACAUUUUUAGUUGCACAGAUGUGUUCUGAGUAUAAAGUCUCACUAUCUUACAUAUGGUGCUAUUUUUAUUGGUGAAAAAAAUCCUAGCAGUUGGUUAUUGCUUGAUAUUUUAUUAUAAUACAGGGAAUAUAACCUCAAUGGCAAUAUCAUUUAAUUUUUCAUUACAGAGUCAAAUGUAUAUUUUUUUCAUUAGUUAACUUACAUUAUGUACUGUAUCAGUGGUAUUUUUACUUUGCUUUUUUGGUGCUGGUUUUGAAAACACAGAAGUCAAACAGAUUGGAAACAGUUGUAAAUGAAAAAAAAAAAAUCAUUCCAUUUUGAAGCAGACUGAAUGUUCAAUAAAAUGUUUUUUCCAUAACACUUUUAACAAGGUUUGUGAAUUUGAAAGCCAAAAAAAAAAAAAAAAAAAAUCCCAACAACUCUCUAUGAAAAAGCACAAGAAGGCUAUAAUCCAUUAUCCCUUGGUCUGAUACUUGACUUGGACUUGGCCUGAAAUAAGUCCACAGCUUGUUGAUGACAGCUGUGGUAGGUGUAAAAGGUCAUUGGUAAAUGAAAUCCUGGCAAGCUAUAGUUCCCCAAGUGCUAACAAAUCAUUAAAUCCUGGGUCUCAUCCCUAUGUGGUUGCAAAAUAGUACAGGGAAUGUUAAUAUCUGACAGCUGCCAAGCGAGGUUCUGUGUUUGACACACAACAGCAGAAACCAAGUUGAUGAAACUCUCCUUGGUAAAGUUGAAGAGAACAGACCAUUCCCAACAAAGACCUCUUCAGAACAAAGUGAUGUUAUCAGCAAUGAUCGGUACACCAUCAGAACAAGGUUUCCCCAAUUCCAGGUCAGUCAUUUCAUAUUAUAAUCAUACCCUGGGCUCCUUCCAACUCAACAACAGCCAAAGCAAUUUCCUCCCCCAAUGACCCCUACUCAAAGAGGGAGAGUCAGAGCUAAUUCAGAAGAUAAAUUAUUAUAAUUGUACUAUUUCCACUUUGGACUAUAUAACCUUGACCUGCCAUUACUCUAGUAUAUGUGUAAUAAUAUGAAGUCCUAUUGUACAUGGAGUUCAGAGAACAUCUUACCUUCCAGUGUUAAGAUUCUUUAAAAAUAUAAACUUAGAAGUAAUAUUACAGAAUAAACACUGCAAUAAAGGCAUAAUUUGUUUAUUCCUUUUAAUUUAAUGUUCAGUAUACCAUAGUGAAUGGGAAUUUUUUGUGGUUUUUUGUGAAUGGUUUUUUAUUGUAUUUGGUCACUUUGAAAAUCAUCAUUUCAAUGGUGUGAGUACUGCCUCCAUUUUUAUAGAUUAUAGUCCUUGCCGAGGUUUUCCCUAAAGUCCUUAAAAGAUGAAGCCACCUUCUUGUUCUAUUAAUAUCUCGAAAGUAUCAAUAAACUCUUUCUCUCAUUGUUA